CCGUCUGCAGUCCCGGUCCAAGUAGCUACAGGAAUCCUUCCCUAACUUCCACCGUCGUUCAGCCUUUUCACCCGUUUAUUCACUGGCGCCGGGCUCUCUUUCACCUGAAUCGCAUUCCGGAACAGAAAACUAACUUUUCAUCGAGCAUACCUAUGUGAAAGACCAGAAAAUACGCAACGAUUCGUCGACCAAAAAAAAAAAAAAAACUAGCUGCCGAAGACUGUGCGACGUUCAAGUGUCCGGAAGUUCUGAGGGGGAAAAAAUGAGAAAGGCAUGAGAAAGGGAGCUCGACGAGACGCUUGACCGACACCGAACCGCCACCUUGACGGGAAACUUGUGACGAUUCUUCCACAACUAUCGCGUUUGUUCGAGCUGAUCGAUGGGUCUUCCGACGCUGGAGUUUAGCGACUCUUUCCUGGACAGUCCGGAGUUCCGAGAGAGGCUGCAGUGCCAUGAGAUCGAGCUGGAGAGAACCAACAGAUUCAUAAAAGACCUUAUAAAAGAUGGAAGCCUGCUCAUUUCAGCGCUCAGAAGUCUUUCUCUGGCCGUGCAGCGCUUCUCCCAGUCGCUGCAGGAGUUCCAGUUCGAGUGCAUCGGAGAUGCCGAGACUGACGACGAGGUCAACAUAGCACUGUCCCUAAAAGAGUUCUCCCAACUGUUGAGCACAAUGGAGGAGGAGAGAAGACGACUGAUCCAAAAUGCAGAUGAUGUGUUGAUCUCACCACUGGAAAGGUUUCGGAAGGAACAAAUAGGAGCGGUGAAGGAGGGAAAGAAGCAGUUUGACAAAGAGACGGAAAGGUACUACUCAGUUCUAGAGAAGCACCUCAACAUGUCCUCCAAAAAGAAGGAGUCCCACCUGCACGAGGCGGAUUCACAGAUGAGUAAAGACCGGCAGAUUUUUUACGAUGCAUCGCUUCAGUAUGUCUUCAAGAUCCAGGAGGUGCAGGAGAGAAAGAAAUUUGAAUUUGUGGAGCCUUUGCUGGCCUUCCUCCAGGGUCUGCUCACCUUCUACCAUGAAGGCUACGAGCUGGCCAGUGAGUUUGAACCCUACAAACAGCAGCUUCAGUUCAACCUGCAGAAUGCUCGCAACAACUUUGAGAGCACACGAGCUGAAGUGGAGCGGCUGAUGAAGAGGAUCCGGUCUGCGGAGGAGGACUUUAAAGCCCCCAGCUGUUUUACGAUGGAAGGAUAUCUGUACAUUCAGGAGAAACGCCCUCUGGGCAGCGUGUGGACAAGAUACUACUGCACCUACGAAAAAAGCUCCAAGAUGUUCACCAUCAGCAACACUGACGGCAGACCAGCCAGCAGACAGAACGCCGUGAUGAACGGGACGCCGGAGAUGUUCCGGCUUCGCUCGUGUGUCCGGAGAAAGACGGACUCCAUCGACAAGCGCUUCUGCUUCGACAUAGAGGUGGUGGAACGACAUGGAGUCAUUACACUGCAGGCACUUUCUGAGGCCAACAGGCGUCUCUGGAUGGAAGCCAUGGAUGGCAAGGAACCGAUCUACACCCUUCCAUCUUUGCUCAGCAAGAAAGAAGAAACAUUUCUCAACGAGACUGGCUUCAAAUUCGUCAGGAGUUGCAUCGACAUGGUGGAGAAAAGAGGCAUCAGCACUCUGGGACUGUACAGGACCGGAGGGGUCAACUCCAAAGUCCAGCGCUUAAUGACAAGUGUUUUCGCGUCUUCGUCUUCCUCUGACCUGCAGCUGGAUGCAGAUACAUGGGACAAUAAAACCAUAACCAGUGGUCUAAAGAAUUAUUUCAGGUGUCUGGCGGAGCCUUUACUGACCUACAGGCUUCAUAAAGAGUUCAUCAAGGCGGCAAAGUAUGACGACCAGAAGCACAGAGUGAGAGCCAUCCAUGCGCUUGUUCAUAGGCUUCCUGAGAAAAACCGCUCGAUGCUGGACCUCCUGACCAAGCACCUGCUCAGGGUUUCCUCGCACAGCGAGCAGAACAUGAUGACAGUGUCCAACCUGGGAAUGAUCUUCGGCCCCACACUGAUGAGGUCACAAGAGGAAACCGUUGCCGCCAUGAUGAACAUCAAGUUUCAGAACAUAGUGGUGGAGAUCAUCAUCGAAAACCACAACAAGAUAUUUGGCGAGGCCCCGGACCUGUCUGUCCCCUUACCUCAGGCCCCGUCCUCUCGGGCUCCUCGCCGAAGCAAAGCCAUCUGUUUGUCAUCUGGGAAACGGAAGGCCCGCCUCUACACACCGGCUCUCUGCCUGGCUGACAAUGACAGUGACACCUUCAGCAGCAGCCCCAGCACCACACCCAGAGGCAGCCAGGAGUCUCUCUCCUCCCACUCGUCUGAGAAGAAUGGAUUGUCUCCAGUUUGUCCUCCCUCGUCUCCUGCUGCCGACACGCCGUCCAGUCCUCCUGUCGAUGCCCCCUGCUCCCCUCCUGGAGGCCUCACCAAUGGCACAGAUCAGGAGCAUUGUAGCGAAGGCUGCUCCUCUAAUCCGACCUCAGGCCAGCUGACGUCGUCCUCAUCCGUCCUGUCUUUGCACCCUGCCAUUGAGCGCCGGGAUUCGUCGGCUUCUUUGUCAUUUGUCAAAGCAUCCAGAUGUUCGUCCAGAUCCUCCUCAAUAAUCCAAAACUCAUGUGGGGAGCGCUUUGCCCUCCACAGGGAGGGUGGGACGGUGAAAAGAGUUCCAUCUGUGACCUCCCUGAAGAGCGCGGAGGCUGUGAGAAACUCCUCCACUGCUCCACAACCCAAAGCCUCAGAGCCCAUUUCGCCACCUCAGCUCCGGACUGCUUAUCGAACCAACUCCUCCUCCUCUUCAUCCUCAUCUUCACUGUUCCCCUACCGGCUGUCCACGUCUUCUUCUCUCACCUCGCUGCACAUCUCUGAGGACUACAAAAGCUGCCACGGAUCCGUCCAGAGUCUGGUGUCUCUGGACCCGCGGGAGCAGAAGCACACCCUCAAACCGUCUCACGCCCGCUGUGGCUCUGAUGUGAUGAUGACAAACCCGGCUCCAAAAUGUUUUCGGAACUCUGGAUCAGUAUUAUCAGUCCAGGGACCGCAGCGGGACAGCUCCGUCUUCUCCUCGGCUUUAGACAUUUUUCCUGCGGGACGGGACGCAAAGGCGCUUUAUUCCUGCGAGGCGGAACACAGCCAUGAGCUCAGCUUUCCACAGGGGGCGCUGUUUACCAACGUUCACCCAUCUGUGGAACCCGGCUGGCUGCAGGCGACCUACAAGGGCAAAACCGGCCUCAUACCUGAGAACUACAUUUCAUACACCUGACCAAUAUUGUCGCAGAUCUCAUGAAAUAUUAGAAACAAAGUGUACCUAAAGUGUAGGUCAAACUGCUGCAGCUUCUGGACUCUUAUUUAUAUCUAAAUGGUUUGUUUUGACAUGUGACCCAUCCAGUCAUGACAAUGUCUGCGCUCUAGUCCAGGUACAUCUAGGUUUUUUUAUAUAUAUAAUCAUUGUAAUUUAUAUUUUUGUAGCAGUCAAUUAUGUUACAACACUUAUUGACUUUUACUGUAACAUUUCUGCCUUGACAUUUUCACGCUGCUGUCUCAUCCAUCAUGCUAUAAUAAAUGUUCAUUUCAAGUUAAACCAAAUGGAUGUUGAUAAUCUUACACCUUAUGCGUUCAUGUUUUUUAUAGAGUGUUUAGUGUUUUUAUUAUUUGCUACUUUAUUGUGGUGCUUUAGCUUACUGUGAAUAACCAGUCUCAGUGGCACAGGAGGUUUUGGGUUUGACUCCACAGACGUUCAGAGGAUACUCCAUUCUGAUGGUAUAUGAUUUGUUUGUUUUUUGUCCAAUAAAUUAGGAAAUACAAUAUAUACACUGUUCAGUGAUAGGUAAAUCAUGUGUCAUGUGCUCAACAAGCUGAAUACGUUUAUAAAGGCCUCACUUGGUUGC